GUGGUUUCCAGUCACAUGAUGCUAAAUUGAUCAUUCUCCAACUUGUGCUCCAUCUGGAGAGUACAACUCCCUUGGUCUUAAAGGGCCAGGCCUCAGAACAGGACAUGGUGAUGUGUGCACAUGCCCAAACACCAGCAAUCAGUUUUCAAAACAUCUUGGUUUCCCUAUUGCUGGUCUCCAGUGUUGCCAACUCUCACAGUUUGAUUGUGAGUCUCGCAAUAUUUGCUGUUUUUCUUAAAACACCAUCUCCCGGAAUCAUGUGAUUAGAUGAGAAUCUCAGCUUUCAUUAAAAAAGUACGUUUCUAGCCCUCAUUGUUGCAGAGAAAAGCUUUAAAGCAUGACUCAAAUGCACCCAAAAGGUUCAGAAAGCAGAGGAUAACUAAAAUGAGCGCCCAACUUUAUCAUUUCUAAAAAUCGCAUAGGUUUUCAGCCAAUCUCAUGGUUUUUGAGGACUGACUCAUUUUGAAUGCUUGGCAACAUAAAGUCAUUAGUAGAAGGGUUGUAUACAGAUAGUGUGAAACAGUGAGAUAUUGUUCACUUUUUAAUUUUUGUUUCAGGAAGGAAUGAAGUGCAGUCCUGGAUGACAGCUGUCAACCAAUCCUUACAUAUGGUGUGGCAAAAAAUAAAGAGACAACUAAUAUUAAUCAUGUCUUUUCUCCUUGCUGCUCUCUGGUAUUGUAGAAGGCUCUAUGCAUACUUAGCACAGCUGUUGAAAUGGUGGAGUAGAUAUCUGCAGAGAAAAUUCAAAAAGAACCUCAGUGUACUGGCAGAAGUUGAUCUACUUGGUUAUUGUGCAAGAGAAUGGAAAGGAGAAACCAAGCAGGCCAAGCAGAUGAAGGCGGCUUAUGAAGAACUAUUUUGGAAACACCAUAUUAAAUAUAUACGACAAGUCAGACGAGAUAACUACUGUGCACUAAGAGCUGUGCUGUUUCAGGUGUUCAGCCAGGGCAUUUAUUUUCCAUCAUGGAUGAAGGAGAGAGACAUUUUAAAGCUCCCUGAAAAGCUUCUGUAUUCACAAGGCUGCAACUGGAUUCAGCAAUAUAGUUUUGGACCAGAAAGAUACACAGGCGCCAACGUAUUUGGAAAAUUACGUAAAUGUAUUGAAACAUUAAAGACACAGUGGACUGAAAUAAGUGGUGUUAAAGACCACGACGAAAGAGGAAACAUGUGCAAUAUCCUUUUCUCUGAUGAAAGCAAGGAAUAUAAGCUGUAUGAGGCUAUAAAAUUCAUCAUGCUUUACCAAGUUGUGGAAGCCUAUGAACAGAUGAAGAAUGAGCAGAAACGUGUACCCGUCCUUUUUAGCCUCCUUUUUGCUCGUGAUACGUCAUCUGACCCUUUGAGUUUCAUGAUGAAUCAUCUGAAUUCCAUAGGGGACACGGGUGGUCUGGAGCAGGUUGAAAUGUUUCUUCUUGGAUAUUUACUUGAAGUAAAGAUAAGAGUCUACAGACUGCAUAAGUUUAACACUGAAGAGUUUCAAGUAAACUAUCCAGAGGAGUAUCACAGGGACUGGCAGGAAGUCUCUCUUCUGACUGAGGAUGACCAUCACUAUCACAUCCCCAUUAUUAGAAUAUAAGACUGAUUUCUAACCAUGCAGUAGAAGAAGUGACCAUCUCCAGUAAAUUAUCACCUUUAAGCCAAGUCCUUUGCCAGCAACAGUAGGAUUUCAAGUAACAUAAAAUAAUGACUACAGGACACACAGAUUUAUUAUGUUAACUUCUUGCUUGCUUGUACUGAUCCAUAUCAUCUGUGAUCUGCCUCAGAAAAACACAAAAUACAUAAUCAUACAAUCAGAACAAACUGGCAUAUUAAGGUUCUCAAAUAAAAAAAAAAUGGUAAAUCACCUGCGAGCAAACAUUAUCACUAGAUAGUUGAUAGUCACUUGUUGAGCUAAGUCCAAAACACAUGUUGUACAUAAACUUACAAUGUCAAAUGAUACCUGUUUGUUUAAGAAGGGUGCUUCAGCCACUGACUUGGGAGAGAAACAAAGGCAAUAAUAAAAAUAAAUAACUCGCAAUAGAGCUUUACUCAAUAUAUACUCUUCCCCCCUGCCCUCCCCGCAUCCCUUCUUUUUGGAAGGGUCAGAUUUUAAUGUUACCUAUCAAAAGUACGUAAAGGAUUUUCUUUGCAAUUGGUUUGAGAAGGCUGUGCACUUCAGUGCAUUUACAAAUACUGGCUUUUCACAAAAAUGUUAACUCUCUGUACAUUAUAUACAUUUAGCAGGACUCACAUUUGCUAAGCUUUUUUGUAUAUACGAUUUAAUACCUUUGAGUUACUUUUCUUAAUCUUGACAUCAAGGUUACUUCUAGUUUUUGAGGGUCUUAAGAAGUAUCCAGUAUAACAAGCAAAUUAUCUUAGGUAGGAACUGCUAUUUCACCACACUUUAUGUUUAUUAAAAAGAUGACUACUAGGAAGGAAGGGAAAUGCCAGAUACAUUAAAAAAGCAAGUAUUGCUGUCUUGAAUAGGGAGCUUUACACAUUCCCCUCAUUCUAAGAAACUGAACUGCAGUUCCACCAUUUUAUAAAAUUAGGAAGCUUAACUUUAAUGAAAAUUAAAGUGAUAACAGUUUAGCAAUAUGUUUAUUUGUGGCACAUGAACAUCAUCAUACAUAAGGCUGCGAGUUUGUCAUGGAGGUCACGGAAGUCACAGAUUCUGUGACUUUGUGGGACCU